UGUAAAAUGGACGUAAACGUCAGGAGAGUGUCGUCAUAGCGACGUAAAAGCUCGAGACAGCAAGCCGUAAUCCAACGGGAGAAUAUUUCUAGGGUGCGCGUGCGGCUGGGAAAAACGACAUGAAUGAGAGAUGCCACACUUUAGGUCACUUUUUAACCGAUUUUAAUCGCCGUGCUUUUCGGAGACGUGUGUUAAUAAAUCCGUUCAUUCGCUUGGUGUGUGUAACGGUGUUAACGGGACGUCUCUGGCUACACUGCACACUCAGCGCGAGCGCGAGCUAGUCCGUUAGCGGCUUCUCCCCCCCGUCUGCUUGUCAGUGCACCGGAGCGCGCGCGCGUGUGAGAGCGAUGUUGCCGUGUUUGCGCAGAGUUCUGCGGCCGGCUCUCGCGUUCCGUCCGCUCGUGCCCGUCUCUAACCUGGGCACGCACGCGCGCAAGGAGCCCGUGGAGCCGCUCAGCUCGCCGCAGGGAGCGCGAGACUUCAUCUACGGCCUCCAUCCCGCCGAGCGCUCGUGCCUGCUGCGGGAACUGCACCGGUUCGAGUCCAUCGCCAUCGCACAGGAGCAAUUGGAAAUGGCUCCUCCAACUGCUGCUCAGCUGAGAUAUGUUCUGCUUCACAACGCCAUUCCCUUCAUCGGCUUCGGCUUCCUGGACAACGCCAUUAUGAUCGCUGCAGGCACGCAGAUCGAGCUGUCUAUAGGCGUGAUCCUGGGCAUCUCGACCAUGGCAGCUGCUGCUCUCGGUAACCUGGUGUCAGACCUGGCUGGACUCGGUCUUGCAGGCUAUGUGGAAGCUCUGGCCUGUAGACUCGGCAUGCAGAUUCCAGAUCUGAGUCCUAAACAGGCUGACAUGUGGCAGACCCGAGUCAGCUCUCACAUGGGCAAAGCCAUCGGAGUGGGAAUCGGCUGCAUUCUGGGAAUGUUUCCUCUCCUCUUCUACAAAGACGACGAAGAGAAGACGGAGGCUGGAGCGGAGGAUCCGCCUCCUCCUCCUGCUGACUCCGCCUCCAAGAGCGCGUGAUAGAGGACGCAGCUCCUCCCCGACAUCCUGUAAAUGAAACAAACUGAUCAAACUGCAAGACGAGCUGCCGAUCGCAGCCUAUUUUCAUCGACACGUGUGCGUAUGAUUUUCUUUAACAGCUUCGUCGUGCUGAAAUUUUUUGGUGAUCCUGAAGUUCCUGAGAAGUGAGAGCAUGAAGAGAAACUUCAACCAUUCCAGCCGCUUUCUUAUUUCACUUUACACAAAGUUGUUUUUAUCUCUUUCAGAACUGUCAACACCACUAAAGCGGGAAUAGGUGAAAAACAAUAGUGAGGUCACUUCCUUUUCCAUUUCUUCACACCAAAUUUACUUCAUUAUAAUAGCCUACAAAACAGAGCUAAUAGGGCUAGCAGGUGAACAAUAGCCAAGGAACGACAGGAAAGCGAAAGCUGAUUUGUCCAUGUUUCACAUUUACAAAUCAAGUUUUAUCUUUUUUCUUUUUUCAAUAUUCAAAACGUUAAAUUCAUGUACAACACUAAUGUGGCUAAUGAGAUUUUUUAAAUAGUUGUCUUUUUUUUUUUUUUUUCCAAAUUCUCACUGAGCAAAAAGGCUGAGCGUUUUUAACGUCUUUUUCAAGGACGUACAAAAGAUGACUGUUGGGGUCGUGUACAAGACGUCAGGCGUAGUAUCGACCAAAGAAAAGAAGUAAAUUUAUUGAAUGUUUAAAGACGACAUGAAACACAAACCGUAACACUUUUUUUUUUCUUUAGCGUGAUGUUUGGGAAUGGGGGGCGGGGGGAAUUACGUGAUUAUUAUUGGUUAAUAUUAUUUUUCGUUAUUUGCAUGUGCAUGGUGAUAUAAUCCAAAAAUAGAAAGAGGUUUAAAAGCAGGCAUUUUUGUAAAAUUGUUGCAUUUUGACGGAAGAUUUCGGGGGAAAAAAGUAAAAUUUUGUAUUUUACAUGACAUGAAGUAGCAAGAUAUAACAAAAAAUGGGUUUGGAUUUUAGACUUUCUGUAAUUUUUGUUUUAUCCGUUAAUAGCAUUACACUUUUUUUCCGCAUUCCUUCAGCUACUAAAAUAUUUAAAAUGAAAUCUCAGAUUUCAUAAUAACAUGCUAACUCUCAAUUUUCGGUAUUUAACAUCGUAACAUGCGACAUGUUAGCUUCUUCCUCCAGCCAACGUCACACUAACGUACUCCCUUCCUCCUGCGUGUCAGGGAAUUUAUUAAAUAUCAAAGCAUCGCCGUGUGAUUUAGCGAAAUCAUCUCAGCUUCCUUCAGACUGUGAAGGAUUUCAUUUCUGCUCACAUGCUGAUGUUGAUGGAUUGAAGUGGAACUGAGUCAAAUCCUGCGUUAAAAUCACAUCACUGGAGUAAAAACUCCAGAUUUUUACUCCUGAAAAUGCUGGAUCGUGCACAGCCUGUUAUUUAUUUAAUCAGGAGUUUACUGCUGUGGGACAAACAUCAUCAUCAUCAUCAUCAUCAUUAAUUUACACAUACACUCAACAUCUCUGUGCAUCACAAACACUGGAAAAUGGGACUUUAUAUUUAUGUUGUUUGUUUGCGUGUUUUAUUUGUGGAUCAGUUUAACCCUGUUUAGAUUUAGGAAAGAGAUUGAAAUCAUUUCUCCUCCGAGCCACUAGGGGGCAGCAAUGAAGACUGAAAGAAGGAAAUCUGAAAGAAUGUGAGAAUCUGAACAAAUGCCACGUAUUGUUAUGUUUCUGAGUCAACGCACAAAAAUACACACACACACAGACACAUGCGUGCGCGCGCACAUUAAGCUAGCACAUCCUGAUUUAGCUGAGUGACAGGCGUCCUGGCGGUCGAAAUGGGCGGAGCUUAAGACAGUUGUAAAUGUGAUCAGCUUGAUUUAGUGCUUAAUAUAAAAUACUGUUUUGUACAAUACGAUACUUUGACAACAUUAGCUAAGCUAGCUAACUUCAUUUAACCUGACAAACACUAACAUCGUGACUUAAGCUAGUUAACUUUGCUAAUAAACCAAAAAGAUAUUUAAUUAUGUAUUUAAAAUCAGUAGCAAAGUUUCUCAGCAAGCUAGCUAAUAUUCGGCUAAUUCUACUGUUGUGUAGUGAGUGUGUAAGUGUUAUUACAAUUAAGCGAAAAGGGACUAUGGAUAAGUAAAAACGUAAAGAAUUCAUAAAAUACCCUUAGCUUUUCAGCAACAGAAAUACAAAAUCUCAAUAUUUUAAAACGCAUUCUAAAUUUUUAAAAAAAUGCAUGCAAGGUGUGCUAAAUGAACGGAUUAGCAGUGUUAGCUUUAGCUAACUAUUAGCUAACUGUUAGAAUUGUUUUGGAGUUAGCUAAUCCACAUAGCCAGCUCCGCUAGCAAUCUAGCUAAUGUUACACUAUUACACUAGUAUUGCUGUUGUACAAUCAAGCCUGUGAUUGGCAGAUCAAAUUCAACUUAAGCUCCACCCUCUUUAGCCAAACUAGCAGAAUCAGGAUAUUCUUACGCACACUACAUAGACACUUCGUAUACAUUACAUAAGCACUGCACAGACCUCAGGCAUGCUUCUGUGUUAUUUUGUGCCUUAAUGCAGAGGCGAUGUGACGAGAAAGUCUUUAUUUAUAUGUGUGAUUACGUCAUCGUGGUAAACGUAGCGUUAGCAUGUUAUAAACAUAGUCAUGGCAGGAAAAUGUCCAGACCUGGCUGCGUGUUUAUUAUUUUCAGUUCCGUUAUCACAACAUCACGGCUACAAGCUACCAGGUCAGGUUUUUUUUUUUUUUUUUGUGGAGAGUUUAGCUUAAAAUGUUUGUUUAAAUCUCACAAACUAAAAAAACAUCAGGCAAACAUUUUUACUUGCUUAAAUAAAAUCAGUCCACAAGUUAAUUAGCAAGCUAGUUAAUAUUAGGCUAGCUAUUUCACUGUCUUGUUUUCACUAGGAUGCUAGCAAAAAUUAUGCUAAUUAUUAUAGUUUGCUCAAACAAUGCAAAAUGUCGUUUAUUUCUAAAACCUUAUUAUUGUUGCAAAUCAUAGUAAAUAAAAAAAAUAAACAAUUUAAAUUAAUUAGAUAUUAUUAAAUGCAUGUUACACACAGUGAAAUCUGUAGUGAUCAUGUGACCUUUAGCCAUUGGUUUUGUGCCAGAAAUAAAACUUUCAAUGUAGUAUUAAUAUUAAAUAUUAUUUGUUACGGUUCGGUUGUGAUUUUGAGAUAACGGGACUGAAAAUGAAAUAAACAGCUUUUUUUCUGGAUUUUUCGCACAGUGUUUAUCUCUCGCACUGCAGAAUGUUUGCACACUCACUUAAUCCACAUGUUACAUUUAUUUUUUAUUUUAUUUUCAUUCUUUAUUUGUGUGUUGGUCAUGAAACACUGUUAUUUUGUAUUCAAAGCAUUUUAAUGAUGAUUUAAAGGGAUCAAAGCUGCUCGAAGUUGUGAUGUUGUGUUGUUGAGUGGCGUAACCAUGGCAACACCACGUCUCUUCAUCAGAGGUGGAAUGAAGGUUCACGGGAUCUCACUGACCUCUGUGACAUUACACUUACACUCGGGAGCAAAGAAGGAAGCACAAGCGUUGUGUGUGUGUGUGUGAACAGUAAACCCUCAGAGUGUGUGUGAGAGAGAUUUGUGUUGAAUAGAGAUUUAAUCAGAGUUCAUUAGCUUGUAGUGACUAUGCAUUAAAGGUGAAAAAUGCCACAGAAUGUUUUUAUAUCUGCAUGCUGGAUUAUUUAUUAAACUUCAUAAAGGAGA